AUGUACAAGAACAAGCUUCAAGAGCUAUGCCAGAAGAAAUCAUGGCGGUUACCGGUUUACGACACCACAAGAGCCGGACCACCGCACGAUCCUCUUUUCACCACUACUGUUACCGUCAAUUCCGUCCCGUUUACUUCAUCAACACCCUCGCGAACCCUUAAGUUGUCCCAAAACGACGCUGCUUUUCUGGCGUUUAAUCAUUUUUCUGAGCAAAAUUCUGUUUCUUCGCCUUUUCUUCCUAAUCUAGCUGCUUUUCCUCAACCUAGCUUCUCCGGUUCUCUCAAUGCAGCAGUUUCGCAAGGUUCACCUGUUCAAAGCCCUAAUGUUGGUAACACACUUCCCACUAACAGAGUGCUGCAACCAAGUACAGAACCAGCAUGCCAAACUCCUCAGAUCAAUAUCCCCGUCCCAACUGUUACAGAUGUCCCAGAAGCACAAGAUCUGAAAAUUAUGAUUCAUUUGUACAAGAAUCAGCUCCAAAACUAUGCACAGAAGAGAAACUUACCUCUUCCAGAGUAUGCUCCUGAGUGGGAGGGUCCACCUCAUGCCAUGCGUUUCAGAUGCAAAGUUACAAUUGAUGGACAGACCUUCCAGAGUCCUAAGUUCUAUUCUACAUUGAAGGAAGCUGAACAUGCAGCAGCUGAAGUUGCUUUUAAAUCAUUAUCACCAAAUGCAGUUCAAGAGGAUGAUAUUGGGGUAUACAAGAAUCUCUUGCAAGAAUUAGUCCAGAAGGAAGGAUUUAAAUUGCCUGUAUAUAGUACCAAUAAAUCUGGCGAGGCUCACAAGCCUAUAUUUACCUCACAAGUGGAGGUAGAAGGGACGGUAUAUACUGGUCAGGAAUCUAAAUCCAAGAAGCAGGCAGAGAUGACUGCAGCCAAGGUUGCUUAUACAUCUUUGAGAAAACGUAAAGCUCAUGAUGAACGAGCUCCUGAGUUUUCAUCUAACUGCUCAAAGGAAAAUGUCAUAUCUGGUUUGCAACACCAUUCAAAUGGAGAAGCAUCUGUAAGCCCUGGAUUAGUCAUCCAGAAUUUACCUAACACAGUUAAAGUGGAGAACACAUCGCCUUCAUCUGGAAAUAUAAAUGGCUUCUCAGUAGUUUCUUCCUCAACAGAGUGCAAGCCUAUUCCUUCAUUCUUUGACCGCGGCAAUGUUGAAUUUGGGACAAGUAUUAUGUCAACUAAAGUAGACGACGGCAGUGGCACCCCUUCGCGCCCCAAAAAGGUCAUUGUUUAUUCAAAAAAGACAAAUGUUGAUAUUGAAAAUGGCGGUGCUUUGAUGCAGAUCAGCGAUGACAAGUGGGUUGCUUACUCCUAUUUCCAUAGAGAUGAUUGA